CGAGAAAGGAAGAACAUGCGUUAUUUCUCUCUCUCUAUUUGCUUGAAUUGAAUUCAUUCAAUUAGAGAAGCCACGGCGACGAAAGAGAGGAGAAAACUAUUUGAUGAAAUCAAAUCUCGUUGAAUCUGAAUUUACUGGACAAGAUCUGAGAUCUCUGGUGUUCCAUGCAAAGCCUCUUCCUUUGACCAACAAUACUCUGUUUCUUCUGCAAAAAGAUCUGUCCUUUUCUUCUCGUUGAAUCAAACAACAAAAGCUUCGAUCUUUUUUAUUAGAUUAAAGAUGAAUAAUAGCAGCGGCGUUUGGAACGAAGAUGAUAAAACGAUAGUUGCAUCGUUACUUGGCAAAAAGGCUCUCGAUUACUUACUUUCCAACUCUGUUCCUAAUGCUAACCUCCUCAUGACUGUUGGAAGCGACGACAAUCUCCAGAACAAGCUCUCCGAUCUCGUCGAGACUCCAAACUCCUCCAAUUUCUCGUGGAACUACGCCAUCUUCUGGCAGGUUUCGAGGUCAAAGUCUGGAGAUUUAGUGCUCUGCUGGGGAGAUGGUUCUUGUAGAGAGCCUAAGGACGGUGAGAAGUCUGAGAUGAUGAAAAUGUUGAGUAUGGGAAGAGAGGAAGAAACCCAUCAGACUUUGCGGAAGAGAGUGCUUCAAAAGCUUCAUGCUUUGUUCGGUGGGUUGGAUGAUGAAGAUAACUGUGCUUUGGUGCUUGAUAGAGUUACGGAUACUGAGAUGUUUCUUCUUGCCUCAAUGUAUUUCUCUUUCCCUCGUGGUCAAGGCGGUCCUGGCAAGUGUUUCCACUCCGCACAGCCUGUUUGGUUGUCUGAUUUGGUGAAUUCUGGCUCUGAUUAUUGUGUGAGAUCUUUCCUUGCUAAAUCUGCUGGGAUACAGACUGUUGUUUUGGUUCCUACUGAUAUUGGUGUUGUUGAGUUGGGUUCUACUUCUUGUUUGCCUCAUAGUGAUGACUCUAUCUCUUCUAUAAGAUCUUCCUUUUCAACUCCUCCUCCUCCUCCUCCUCCCCCACCUCCACCUCCUCCGGUUGUUAGAGUUGCUGCUUUACCUGUUGUGGCUAAUAAUCAUAAUGAUGAUGUUAGUUCAUCCAAGAUAUUCGGCAAGGAUCUGCACAGUUCUUCAGGUUUUCUUCAUCAUCAUCAUCAUCAACAGCAACAUAGGCAGUUCAGAGAGAAACUUACAGUUAGGAAAAUGGAUGAUAGAGUUGCCAAGAGAUUAGAUGGCAACAGGUUUAUGUUCUCGAAUCCCACCACUACUACCAACAACAGCAACACUCUUCUGAGUCCUACAUGGAUCCCACCGAGGACGACAAACAACAACAGUGUGACAGAAGCUCCGAGCAGGGAAGAUUUCAAGUUUCUCCCUUUGCAGCAAUCAUCAUCAUCUCAUAGGCUGCUUCCUCCUGCUCAGAUGCAGAUUGAUUUCUCUGGUGCGAGUUCAAGGGCCUCUGACAAUAACUCUGAUGGAGCAGAGUGGGCUGACAUGGUUGGUGCUGAUGAAUCUGGUGACAACAGACCAAGGAAACGCGGAAGGAGACCUGCCAACGGAAGAGCUGAAGCUUUGAACCAUGUAGAAGCUGAGAGGCAACGGCGUGAGAAGCUUAACCAGAGGUUUUACGCCUUAAGAUCAGUUGUUCCCAACAUUUCAAAGAUGGACAAAGCAUCCUUGUUGGGAGACGCCGUCUCUUACAUUAACGAGCUUUAUGCUAAGCUUAAGGUUAUGGAGGCUGAAAGAGAGAAGUUAGGUUAUAGCUCUAAUCCUCUCAUCUGCUUGGAACCGCCGGCGGUUAACGUUCAGACAGCAGGUGAAGAUGUGACAGUGACGGUUAACUGUCCGUUGGAUAGUCAUCCGGUAUCAAGAAUGUUCCAUGCGUUUGAAGAGGCUAAAGUAGAAGUGAUUAAUUCAAAACUGGAAGUUCCACAGGACAUAGUGUUGCAUACGUUUGUGAUCAAAUCUGAAGAGGUGACUAAAGAGAAGCUCAUCUCUGCUUUCUCUAGAGAGCAAUCCACUUCUGUUCAGUCAAGAACAUCAUCAGGUAGAUAGCCUUUUGACAAGACAAGAAGAAGUUGGAAAGUAAGUUUGUUUAGUGAAGAAGAACCUGUAACAAUCCUCCAGGCUAGGAUUUUAGAAGUUUUUUUUUAUUUGUCAAAAUUAGACAACUCGCUUUACAAAAAAAAAUAGCAUCUAUUUAUGUUAAAAGAAGCCUUGGGACUUGCUUGAGAAUCUGUCUUUGUUCUGAUUUUUGGCCUCCUUGAGAUAUGGAUUCUUCAGUAGAGUGAGUUUAACAAAGUGAUUGUUCCGCAGGUUUCAAACUUUUAGUCAAGUAACCGUUUGCUAAUGAUCCUUCAGAAGUCUUACUAAGGCUAGAUCUGUUCAUGUCUUUUUGAUGUUAGGAUGUAUCAAAGAAAAUAUUCGAAUUAAUGGUUUUCAAG